AGGAAUUUGCAGAGGAUGCCAACACGGCAGUCUCUGGUGUUGUGAGGACCAGUAGUAUGGAGGCCCUCUCAUCUGGUGACCAUGCUGGCAAACUAGCCCCUGAUGAAAUCCUGGAAGAGGAAUACUUGGACAGUAUAGACUGUCAGAUGAUCCAUGAAGCUGAGGAUGCUGAUACUCUAGGAGAAAGUACAGAUUCCACAUUUAGUCGUCGCCUAGAGCAAUUCCAGUCCAUGAAAUCGAGACCUAAGAGGUCUGACCAUUCCCCUCCGAACACUCCAUCCUCCAAGUUAUCACCAUCACCUGUGUGCAACACAAAUGUUCUCUUUCUGGUGCUCCAUGGAGGCAGCAUCCUAGAUUCUGGGCAGUUUGAGCUUGGCUCUCAGCGUUCAGAUAUCAGCACACUACGAGGGACUUUUGAUAAAGUGAUCAGAGCACAUUAUCCCGCCAUGUAUGGUCAUCUGGCUAUACGACUUGUUAGAUGUCCCCUCCUGUGUGCCGAAACCUUGCAGAUUUUAGAAAGCUUAAGCCCAUUUGGUUAUGACAGUCAGCGCAGCAAUGAUGACACAUCUCCUUACCUGACAGACAAUCUUCCCCUUGGUGCCAUUUCUCUGUUUGCUACGUCCAAUGCAGAUUACCAGGACCAAGUAAUUCAGGUGAUUGCUAGAGCCAACCAGGUCUACAACGACUUUCUUAGGUCAGAGGAGGGGAAGGGCUUCAAUGGACAGGUGUGCAUGAUAGGAGACUGUUCUGGUGGCAUCUUUGGCUAUGAUGCUUUAUGUUAUGCUUCACAAUCACUACUUAGUCGCACAAACAGUCGUCACGGAAGCCACUCCAGUCUAACUGAAGGGGAUGACGAACCUGUACAGAAAUUAAAUGUAGAACCCGAUAGGAGACUCAGUUCUAGUAACCCUGACCUAACUACCGAUGAUCCCAGAGCAACAUAUAAGCGGGCACAAAGUGACAAUCGUGGUAUAUCGAGUAAUGAGGAUAAACCAUUGCAGCAUAAGCCUGUCAUGAGACAUUUAUCACUGCCACCUACAAGGCGGAUCAGUACAGGGAGCAGUCAGACAGAGGGAAACAAUGACCUUAAAUUAGAAUUUGAAGUGACUGAUUUCUUCUUGUUUGGUUCUCCUUUAGCUUUGGUACUUGCAUAUAGGCGGAUAAACAGCUGGGAUGAGAAACACAUUCCUCCUCUGAAGCCUUCCUGUCUCCAGCUGUACAACCUUUUCCAUUCAUCAGAUCCAUCUGCAGCAAGGUUAGAGCCGCUGCUAGACGACAGAUUUAGACAGGUGCCCCCUGUAAAGAUAUCUCGAUAUUCCAAAUUUCCACUGGGUGAUGGACAGUCUCUUCAUGUUGUGGAGACAGUGCAGACCCAGAGUUCAGUGUUUUUGGCACAAGAGGGCACUGUUAGCUCUCCAAGAGGAGCCCCCAUGGACAGGCGUGAAAGCAACAUAAGUAUGGUCAGUCAGCUUUCUGGCCAGGCUGACCCGGUCAUCUCUUCUAUAGCGUCAGUUGUGAGCAAGUGGUGGGGCAGCAAGCGUCUAGACUAUGCUCUCUACUGUCCUGAAGCAUUGAACAGUUUCCCUGUCAAUGCUCUACCUCACUUAUUCCACUCCAGCUACUGGGAGUCCACAGAUGUUGUGGCUUUUAUUCUUAGACAGAUUGUGCGCCAAGAUGACAUGUAUGCAGCGUCUGAGACAACAAAGGAUGCUUCAAUAUUUAGACCUCCACAGCCUAGAGAGAAGUGGUUACACCGGAGAACUACUAUCAAAGUCAGAAAUGUAGGUCCAAAUCACCGUGGUAAUGACACUAUAGUUCAAGAAGAUAGGCCUCAGGUUCUUGCUGCGAGGUUUAUGUAUGGACCCUUAGACAUUGUACAAUUGUCAAGGGAAAAAGUUGACAUCCAUGUGAUGACACAGCCACCUUCAGGAGAGUGGCUGUACUUUGGCACUGAGAUAACAGACAGCCAUGGAAGAGUCUCAUUUAAAAUUCCUGAGGACAAACGUCUCAGCCAGGGAAUGUAUCCUGUUAAAAUGGUAGUCAGAGGUGACCAUACUUGUGCAGACUUCUACCUGGCAGUUCUCCCACCAAAGACAGAAGCUGUAGUAUUCAGUAUUGAUGGCUCUUUUACAGCCAGUGUGUCAAUCAUGGGAAAAGACCCCAAAGUCAGGGCUGGAGCUGUAGAUGUAGUCAGGCAUUGGCAGGAUCUAGGCUACUUGAUAAUCUAUGUGUCAGCCAGGCCAGACAUGCAGCAGAAGAGAGUGGUGUCAUGGCUAGCACAGCACAACUUCCCCCAUGGGAUGGUCUCCUUCAUGGAUGGGCUUUCUGCUGACCCUCUCAGGCAGAAGACUCAGUAUCUAAAAAAUCUUGUCAGUGAGGCAGAGAUCUCCAUCCAUGCAGCAUAUGGCUCCAGUAAAGACAUUGCAGUUUAUCAGGCAGUGGGCUGCAAGCCAGAACAGAUAUAUAUUGUUGGCAAAGUGGCAAAAAAGUAUUACCAACAGGCCCAGAUCCUGGCAGAUGGUUAUGCUGCACAUCUCAGUGACCUGAUCCUACACGGAGCUUCUCGCCCUGCAGUGGGUAAUGCACGUAUGUUUAUUCGCAAGAGUUGCUUCAUGUUGCCAGGCCAGAUGAAGACAUCAGGGAAGAAGCAGGCAGCUCGCAGGAUGUCAUCAUUCCCCAACCAGCCAGCAUUAGAGAUUCCAGAGGACAGCACUAUGCCGGCCAUAGGGGUCAGUCAGUCUGGGAACACUGUGGUGGAUGCAGGGCAGCUAGGGGUGGGUAAAGUUCGAGCCAGGGGAGCAUCACCAAGGGGGAAGAAUAGAGGUUUUGAGACUGGGGUCUAGGUUUAGAGGAGUUGCAGAAAGACCUAGCAUCCUAUGGGAUUGGAAUCUGACUGGUGAUUAAGUUCAGCUGUUUAGUGGUUGAGAUGGUUGAAAACUCUGAGGUUGGAUUGUUUGACUUCCUUUUGGGAUAAAACCAAAUUUUCCUACCCACACUUUCAGGGAGAAAACUCUGACCUUAUGAAUGUGGGUUAAGGUCAUCUCCUGGAACGAAAGGAACACAACAUUGAUAAAAGUUUAACUAUGGUUGUGAGAUGCAGGAAUUAUAGACAGCCAUUUUGAUGGAUUGACAAGUUGAUUACAGACACAAUGAUUUUAGGAAAGAGACUAUUUAUAAGAAUUGUACAUGGAAAAUCAGCAAAUAUGUUUGUUUGUAGCCCAAACCAAGUGAUGAGCCAAGAAGUUUUACAUGGAGUUUUACAUAAAGCUUUUAGUAAAUCAUGCUUCAUUCAGGAACUGAGAAACAUACUCUCACAUUAAAAAAAGUUCUGGACUCGGUGUUAUGUUGUUACAGAGUAUAUUUUCGAUGGUUGUUUCGUCACUAAUUUGUUUUGUCUGUUCAAUAAUGAAAAUGUGUAAAGAAGUGAAUAAUGAUAUUCUUUUUAUGUAAUAUUGAUUUCAUUGCAUAGUUUGAGUUGUUAUUAGUAACUUGUUCAGUACAAUCAAUAAGGAUCUUUCAAAAAUACUUGCAGUGUAAACACUAAUUUAUGCUAAAAGCAAAUUCUUUUUGUUAAAUUAAGGAUGUGAAAAAAAAGUGAGAGAUAUGAAAGGGGUCUGUACUAAAAGGUCAAGAUUGAUAUAAGUUACAUUUAUAAAUUUUGCCAUGAAUUUAGUACUUAAUUCUUAGCAUUGGUAAUAGUAUAGUUAUAAAAACAUGGCGAUUAAAUGCGAUCCAUGGGGGAUGCACUGUUUAUGGACAGGCACUUUUGGCUGUUUUUUAGCCAUCCCUUAUGUCUGUCACAUCAUUCUGUGCACUUUUUGAUCACCCCAUUUUUAAUGAUCUUUCAUGGUAGAACACUAGUCCAAUUAGUUUAUUGAUUAAGAUAUUUUUUUAUUUAAAUAGUCUUAACCUUCUAUACUUCUAUUCUUAUCAAGGUUUUAUGAUCUUCAUCAAAUUUACAUGUCAGUUAGUUGAAGUACUGUACAUUUGGCAGAUUUUGCUGCUUGAUGUUUAAUAUGUGCACAUUGUAAUUAGUUAUGAAAAUAAUAGGACUUUUUAUAUUUUAAUUGAGGAUUUUGGUCAGUAUUGCUCUGGUGGAAGUUACUUUUGAUCCAUCUUUUAGUCUGUCUCUCAGUUGUGCUAACAAUCAUGACUUGAAAGAGUGGAAUGUUUUCUUUUAAAACAAUAGAUAAUAAAGAAUUUUUACAUAUUCUGAGUUAUGUGAAUUAAAAAUGUUCAUAUAAAUUACAAUAUUAUUUUUAGCUCCAAUUAUUAUAUUUCAUUUUGUUAAUGAUUAGCAUCAUGGCUACAAUUUCAGGCAACUGUUCAUAUAAUAUUGGGUAUUUUUUUCCAAAAAGUAUGUAUGUUUAUCUAAUGAAUAUCAUAUAUAUAUAUAAAUGCUUCAAUUUUCUAUGUAUCCAGUUUAUAUAUGAUUGUUAACUCUAUCUUUCUCCAAGUUGGCAGUUUUUUCUUUGACAAUGUCAAAGAAAUUGGAAAAAUUAAUAUAUCAUUUGAAAAAAUAGUUAUUAACUGUUUGUGUGCUAUGAAAUCCCCCUCCCUUAUUUCUGUUUACUCUUCCACUUAAGACUGUACCAAAAAUAAAGUAUUGUAUUGAUAAGGUAUUAUUUUUGUAGUUUUAUGUUAUUGUACAUGUUGCUUGAAUGUACAUUGUUUGACUAUUUAAAAGUUCAGAGUAUAUGUACAUACAUGGAUAUGUAAUAAUUUCACCUUUUAAAUUAACCAUGACUAGGUUUAAUCACCAGAUGAGAAAAGCAUUAAUUUACAUCAUAAACAGUUGUUAAAGUGAUAUAUGUAUGAAUGUGAUAGGUGUAAAAUUGGUGCUGUACAGUGUUCAUUAUGCUCAGUAGAAAUCCCAUUUUGCAGGUGAAGCUCAUGCUUUGUACCAGUUUGACGAUCACUCAUGUAUCACAAUGUCAAGUUUUCAGAAUCACUGUUGAAAGUGUUUUUUGCAAUAUUUAACACGAAUAAAUGUCUCAUCAGAUGAGGAA